AUGAAGACCCUAGAAGAUAGGUUUGGACAACCAAAGUUUGUGAUUGAAGGGUUAUUAACUAAAGCAAGAGCAGCCCCUUCUCCAUCAGUAACCAAACCUGAAGCAACAAUCAAAUUCGGAAUCGCCGUUCAAGAAUUAGUGGCAAGCAUCACGUCUUAUAAAAGUAGCCAGUAUCUAUAUUCCAUUGAAAUCCUGAGCACUCUGGUCAAGAAGAUGUCGAUAGAAAUGGAAACUGAGUGGUACACCUGGCUUCGACAAGACACCUCAAGAGAAGAGAAUCUGAAAUAUUUUUCACAAUGGAUUUCUAUAAAACAGUCUGUAGCGUAUCUUGUGUCAACUCUCACUACAGCUUCUGAAAAUACAAAUGACAAAGAUAGAAAGAAGAAGCAGACUAAUCUUGGAACAGUAUCAACGAACCCCAAGCCGGAUCGAAAAGGAUACUGUGUGUACUGCAAAAUUGAAAAUCAUUAUGUAAGUGACUGUCGAAAGUUUUCUGCACUACCAAUUAAGGAAGAAGACGAGUUUGUAAAGAAGAAUCGUAUGUGCUUUCGCUGUUUAAAGAAAAAUCACACAGUCAAAAACUGCAAAUUAAGAAUGACUUGUAAAGUUGAAGGAUGUAGAGGAAGGUAUCAUACAUCCUUACAUGAUAAUUCAAGAUUCGAUGAAGUUCAAGAAAAUGGUGAAGCUAUCCUUCAAGAUCAAUCAAAAUCUCAACCUCCUUCAGCUCCACCAGCUACUCAUAUGCACUGCCAUCAGGGAUCAGCAGUUACAGAUACAGACGAUGAAGUUGAAGAAACGUUAUUAUGGUAUGCCCCUGUUCAACUUAAAGGAACUAAUGGAACCACAAUUUCCGUCAUUGCUAUGUUUGAUACGGGAGCUCAAAAGACUCUCAUUCUGGAAAAAAAUGUGAAGAAACUUAGUAUAGAUGGUAAAUGGCGAGAUCUUUCACUUGGAUGGUUCAACGGACAAGAUAACACGGAUCCAUCAAUGACAACGAGAAUAGAGAUCUCAGGCGACUUUUCAAAUGCAAAGACUUACAUUUUGAAGUGUCAUACUGUUUCAGUAAUGAACUUGCCUUCUCAGACCUAUUCUGCUGCAGAGCUAAAGAAGAAGUAUCCGUACUUACGAAGAGCACCUUUCCCAUCACUGAAGAAUGCAACCCCAUCACUGAUCAUUGGAAAUGAUAAUAUCUCCUUGAUCCUGUCACGAGAUUACAUUGAACAAUCUCCUGAUCUACCAAUUGCUGUGAAAACAAAGUUAGGAUGGACUCUUGCUGGAAAUGGUGAAAUGUUAACUGGAGGAAAACAAGGAAAUUUCUCUAUUUUCACUCGCAAGAAAACUAACAACGAAGAUCUCUCUGAAGUCAUGAGUGACUUCAUUGCAGCCGAAGAUUGUACAACAUUCAAAUCUGCGACACCGAUGUCAAAAGAGGAUGUGGAAACUUUGAAGGUUUUGGAAGAAACAACGAUUAAGAAACAAGGCUGUUGGGAAACAAGCUUACUGUGGGAAAAUGAUGUUCUACCUGUACUUUCGUCUGAAGAAAUGGUAAGAAAGAGACUGUUAACCAUGGAAAGCAAAGCCGAUAAGGAUCCAGCUUUUGCUAAGGUAUACACAACCCCUUUCGAAGAAUAUAUCUCAGCUGGAUUUCUCCAGAAGGUUAAAGUAUACCCUAACGAAAAAGAAGACAAGCGAUGGUACCUACCUCAUUUAAUUGCCUUUCACCCGAGUAAAAAGCCAAGACUUGUAUUUGAUGUAGCUGCUAAAAGUAAAGGAAAGUCAUUUAAUGACUUCGUUUACACUGGACCCGAUCUGCUACAAAAACUUGCUGCUGUUUUUAUGAGAUUCCGAAGACAUCGAUUCGCUAUUUCUGGAGAUAUUAAGCAGAUGUUUCACCAAGUUGCACCGAGAAGAAAAGAUCGACCAGCCCAAACGCUUUUGUAUCGUGGAAUGGAUGGUAAUCGAGAACCUGAUUCGUAUGAAAUGUCAGUAUUGUUUUUUGGAUGGACAUGCUCACCGACCUCUGCAAUCUAUGCCAAGGAUCUAAAUGCAAAGGAACAUAUAAACCAAUAUCCAGCUGUAGUUAAUUCCAUCAUUAAAGAUACAUACAUUUACGAUUUCUUGAGUGGAGCUAAAACGGAAAAACAGGCAUUACAAAUGCAGAAAAAGGUUAGAAUGAUUCAUGAGAAUGGAGGUUUUCCCGUCGUCAAAUGGAGAAGCAAUUCGGUGAAAGUUACAAAUGCAAUUCCUUCAGAGCUACUAGCGGAAGGAACGAUCCAAAUUUCAUUAAAGUCAGAUUUAGGAAUUGAAAAAACACUCGGAAUUUUUUGGGAUCAAGUAAAGGACUGUUUCAUAUUUGAGCUGGAUACGAAAAGGAUACCCAAGUAUGUUCUAAAAGGACAUAGGAAUCAGACAAAAUGUCAACUAGCAAGUUUCAUAAUGAGUAUUUUCGACUCGCUAGGAUUUCUCACCCCAUUGAAAGUCAAAGGAAUCAUCGGGCAGCUACGUUGGAAAUUCAAAGUAGAUUGGGAUGAUCAAGUACCGUACGUUAUUGACAUCCGCUUCAAGGACUGGUUGGAAGAACUUCGAGUAAGUCCUGAGUUUGAAGUUCUAAGAUUCUACGAUGUGGAUUUAAGUAUGGAACUCCAACUUCACAUAUUUUGUGAUGCUAGCGAAGAAGCGUUUGCACUCGUUGCUUAUGUACGAGGUCAUGCCAGAGGGAGCUUAAGAGUUUCAAUCAUCGCAGGAAAAGGAAAAGUAGCAUGGCCAAGGAUUUCGACAUUACCAACUGCUGAUAACAGUCAACUUGAGAAACGGGCCAUAAUCAACUUCAUUCAUGAGAGGGAGCCGUUAUAUUAA